ACCAGUUAACGUGGUCAGUGCCCUCUGAAUUACGAAUUAGACGCAUCUCGUUUAUCUCGCACAUUAUUAAUUCUUAACAUUUUUCACGUAUUGUUGUGUAGAAAAGUGUUGGUUUUAGUCAGAAAACGGAUAUUUUCACUUGUGUUUUCUGUGACAGUCUAACCACGAAAUCGUUAUCAGCAUCUGAAAGCGGCGGAAGUGUGAGGUACGACACGUUCCGCACGAUGGUGCUGGGUAAUGAAAACGACUAUUUGACUGGAUAUAAGCGCAAUUCUGUUACGGAAUGGUUACAGAAAACGGGACAGGCAAAAAACGACGGAAGUGAAAGUCCAGUUUUUGGUUUGGAAGGUGGUGGAACAGUUGCAGGUGGUGGAACCUCCAUGAGACAUGCACCACACGAAUUGCCCAAUGAAAUAUCUGCCCCCUAUGAAGUUCCACAAUUUCCCAUUGAACAAAUAGAGAAGAAGCUGCUGAUACAGAGACAAUUGACCGUCAAAGCUGCUAAGGAUCUAGAGGAACGUCGUAGCCAUUAUGAACCAUCGAUUGGUCCCGGUGUAUCAGAUGAUGUCGAUCAUCUUUUCAAUCUCGAGGAAAAUGACUUUGUCCCGCAUUUCCAGAGAGUCUCCAUAUCUGGUGAAGAUACUUCCGGGGUACCCUUGGAAGAUCUUCAACAGGCAUCCCAGAUGUUGAUCCAAGCAUUGGCCAUACGUGAGAAAUACAUGAACAAUUCUAAACAAAGCUUUCCAUCGAUAACGUCACGAUUUCUGCGUAGUGCCGACAAAAGGCCGGUGAACAGUGACGAUGAAGUUCAACACGAUGAUCGUAAAGCUAUCGCAGAUCAUCCUGUGCACGCACCUGCAUCUCGAGGAGAUCCGUGGGAAUGCGAAUUUCCUCCGACAAAGAAUUACAAAAUUGCCCCUGUUAACGGUGUCUUCAAUCUCUAUGCUAACGAAGAAGAUUUUGAUAAUGGGAUGCCAAUUCCUUACUCGUAUCCUGAUUUAGCGACUUUUGUCAGGGACAUGAACGUGUUCUGCGCUAUGAUCGCCGAUGGCCCGCUAAAAUCCUUUUGCUACAGAAGACUGAGUUACCUUUCGUCGAAAUUCCAACUACAUGUAUUGUUAAACGAGCUUAGAGAACUUGCCAGUCAGAAAGCAGUUCCCCAUAGGGACUUCUAUAACAUCAGAAAGGUCGAUACGCAUAUUCAUGCGGCAUCUUGUAUGAAUCAGAAACACCUACUUAGGUUUAUCAAGAAAACUUUGAAAAAUCAUGCGGACGAAAUUGUAACAUGUUCGAAAAAUGGAGAAACAAUGACACUUCGAGAAGUAUUUCAGUCGAUGAAUCUAACGACGUACGAUCUCAGCGUUGAUAUGCUGGACGUGCAUGCAGAUAGAAAUACGUUUCAUAGGUUCGAUAAAUUCAAUGCCAAGUACAAUCCGAUCGGUGAAAGUCGCCUUCGUGAAGUGUUUCUAAAGACGGAUAACUAUCUGAACGGUAAAUUUUUCGCACGUAUAAUUAAAGAAGUUGCCAGCGAUCUUGAAGAAUCGAAAUAUCAAAACGCGGAAUUGCGUCUUUCGAUUUACGGUAAAAAUCCAGAGGAAUGGGACAAAUUGGCCAAAUGGGCUAUUCAAAGCGACGUAUAUUCGGAUAAUGUGCGCUGGCUCAUUCAAAUUCCGCGGCUUUAUGAUAUUUUUAAGCUGAACAAAUUGAUGACAAACUUCCAAGAGAUUCUGAAUAACAUCUUCCUUCCUCUCUUUGAAGUGACAAAUGACCCCAACACUCAUCCAGAACUACAUAAAUUCCUUCAAUAUGUAAUAGGAUUUGAUUCGGUUGAUGAUGAAAGUAAACCUGAAAAUCCUACAUUUGACAAAGAUGUUUGUCCACCCCAAGAAUGGGAUGAUAUUGAAAAUCCUCCCUAUGGAUAUUAUCAAUACUACACUUACGCUAAUAUGACCGUUUUGAAUCAUUUCAGAGCGGAACAAGGUUUAAAUACUUUUGUUCUUAGACCUCAUUGUGGUGAGGCUGGUCCCAUUCAACAUCUUGUGUGCGGUUAUAUGAUGGCAGAAAACAUUUCCCACGGUCUUUUGCUUCGAAAAGUUCCAGUACUGCAGUAUUUAUAUUACUUGGCACAAAUUGGGAUCGCAAUGUCACCUCUUAGUAAUAACUCACUCUUUUUAAAUUAUCAUCGUAAUCCUCUACCAGAAUAUUUAGCAAGAGGAUUGUGCGUAAGCCUUUCCACAGACGACCCUCUCCAAUUUCAUUUUACGAAGGAACCUUUAAUGGAAGAAUACAGUAUUGCUGCGCAAGUAUGGAAACUUAGUUCAUGCGAUAUGUGUGAAUUAGCGCGCAAUUCAGUACUUAUGAGUGGUUUCCCACAUAAGAGUAAACAAUACUGGCUUGGGCCAAAUUAUACUAAAGAGGGAGUAGCCGGUAAUGAUAUUACGCGAACAAACGUACCGGAUAUUCGGGUGGCCUAUAGAUACGAAACAUUAGUAGACGAAUUAUCGAAUAUUUUUAAAGUCGUCGAAAACCCCCAAGCCAUUCUAAUUUAAUUC